AUGGAUACUCAAUAUGUUAGCCAAGAUACUCAAAGAAAACGUGAGAAAAGAAAGAAUGAAACACCUGAACAACGCGAAAUACGCCAAAUUCGGGAUCGCGAAAAAAAACGCGUAAAGAGAGCUGAGGAAACAUCAGAGGAGAGAGAAGCGCGUCUCACAAACUACCGUAAUCGGUAUCAAAAACAGCGAAAGCAAGUGGCAAGAGCUGAUAACGAAAGCAGUGAACAAAUGAGGCAAGAUAACGGAUUAAAUAGUGAGGAACAGCAAGUUGAGAAUAGUAAUGUUCAAGAUAUGCAAAUUAACACAACUACUCAUGUUGAGGCAUUCUCUUCCACUGUUCUGAACGAGUUCGAUCGAGAGCUUCUACGUAAAUUUCGAAAUAAAAUGGAUAAGGUCAAAUAUGUUCUUUGUCCC